GAGGAGGAGUCUUCUACAAAAGAUGUGUCCAGCAAUAAAACCCAACCAGUUUGAAUGUUGGAAAGCAAUGCAAGGAGAGCCAACGCAAAUUCAUAUGUUUGUUUGUCUCCCCAGCAAUGGGUCCAUCUGCGGUGCCAUCACUUCCCAGUACCUUCUGGAGAAAUCGAGGGUCGUCUUUCAGGCCAAAAACGAACGCAACUACCAUAUCUUUUACGAGAUGCUGGCUGGACUUCCCGCCCAGCAGAAGCGGAAAUUCGGCCUCCAGGAGGCAGAAACCUACUACUAUCUCAACCAGGGAGGGAACUGUGAGAUUCCUGGCAAAAUGGACCUGGAGGACUUCCACCGCCUCCUUGACGCCUUGGAGAUCCUGAACUUCACUCCUCAAGACCAGGAGAGCAUCUUCCGGAUCCUGUCCUCCAUCCUCCACCUGGGGAACGUCUACUUUGAAAAAUACGAGACGGACUUCCAGGAAGUGGCCUCGGUUGUGAGCGCGAGGGAGAUCCGUGUUGUGGCCGAACUCUUGCAAAUCUCUCCCGAGGGAUUGCAACGGUCCAUCACCUACAAAGUGACGGAAACCAUGAGGGAGAAGAUUUUCACCCCACUCACUGUCGAGAGUGCGGUCGACGCCAGAGAUGCCAUUGCGAAGAUUUUGUAUUCGCUCCUCUUCAACUGGCUGACGGACCGCAUCAACAAGCUCAUCUUCCCUCGGCAGGAAACCCUCUCCAUCUCGGUCUUGGAUAUCUAUGGAUUUGAGGAUCUUGGUUUCAACAGCUUUGAGCAGCUCUGCAUCAACUACGCCAACGAGUACCUCCAGUCCUUCUUUAACAGGAUUGUCUUCAAGGAGGAGCAGGAGGAAUAUAUCCGCGAGCAUCUGGACUGGAGAGAGAUCCUCUUCAACGACAACCAGCCCUGCAUUGAUCUCAUCGCUCAGAAGCCGCACGGGAUUUUGAAGAUCUUGGAUGACCAAAGCAGUUUCCCUCAGGCGACGGACCACACUUUUCUCCAGAAGUGUCACUACCACCACGGCUCCAACAUGCUCUACUCCAAGCCAAAGAUGCCCCUCCCGGAGUUCUCCAUCCGGCACUACGCAGGAAAGGUCACCUACCAGGUCCAUAAAUUCCUGGACAAAAACUAUGACCAGGUUCGCCAAGACGUCCUGGACCUUUUCGUCAACAGCAAAACCAAAAUGGUGGCCAACCUGUUCUUCAGCCACGCUCAAGUGGUGGCCCAGCAGAAGACCAUGAUGGGAAGGAACAGCACCGGAAGGAGGAAGUACAAGCCCCAGACGGUGGCGGCCAAGUUCCAGCAAUCGCUUCUGGACCUGGUUGAUAAAAUGGAGAGGUGUAACCCUUUCUUUGUCCGCUGCCUGAAGCCCAACAAUAAAAAGGAGCCAGAGCUUUUUGAGUCCGACGUUGUCAGCAGCCAAUUGAGGCACUCGGGCAUCCUAGAGACCAUCCGGAUCCGGAAAAUGGGAUUUCCAGUGCGCAUCCCUUUCCAGACCUUCAUUGAGAGGUACCGUUGCCUUGUGGACAUCAAGCCCGGCAUGAUCCCCGAUGGGUGGAACUGUGUCGGGAUCCUGAAGAAGCUGUGCGCCGUCACCCCAGAUAUGUACAGCAUCGGGACCUCCAAGCUCUUCGUGAAGGAGUGCGUCUACCAGGAAAUGGAGGUCAAGCGAGAGCGCAUUGUCCAAAUGGCCGUUGUGACGCUGCAGCGCUACAUCCGCGGCUUCCUGAUCAAGAAGCGCUUCUACGCCCUUCGACAUAGGAUUAUCCUCCUCCAGACCCGGGCCCGGGGCUACCUGGUCAGGCAAAGGUUUCGGAGGCUGCGCCGGACGCUCCUCAGGGUCAGGUGCCUGGUGCACAUCUACGUCAACCGCCGGAGGUUCCUCAAGAGGAAGGAAGAGGAGCGCCGGAAAGCCGAAGAGGAGAAGAAGAAGAUGGAGCAGGAGCUUAGCAAGCGCGAGGUGAUGAGAGUUGCCAACCUGGAAAUCCCUGCCGAAUUGGUUGGGUUGCUGAACACCGUGGCAGUUCACAAGCAGGUGAACGAGGACUGCGUCGUCUCCGUCCCUCGCCCCAAACUGCAGGAGGAGUCCCAGCUCACGUUGCCCCUCGACGUCAACAACUACCCCAUGGCCAAGUACGUGCGGAUCCACUUCAAGGAGCCCUUCUUCGGGAUGCUCACCAGGACACUGGCGUCUCCUCUGACCCUCCUGGACGAGAGCCUGGCACACGAAGCCAUCAGCAUCUUCAAGCUGGUCCUCCGCUUCAUGGGCGACCCCCAGCUCCACGGCAUGCAAGAGAACCUGUUUGGGAACUACGUGGUGCAGAAGGGCCUCUCAAUGCCCGGCCUCCGGGACGAGAUCUUCUCCCAGAUCACCAACCAAGUCUGGCGCAACACCAACAUCCACAACGAGGAGCGGGGAUGGCUCCUCCUGGCCGCCUGCCUCAGCGCCUUUGCGCCGUCCCACAACAUGGAGAAGUUCCUGCUCAAGUUUGUCUCUGACUACGCCUUCGACGGCUACAAGCCCAUUUGCCAGCACAAGCUUAUGCAGGCCAUGGAGAAGGCCCAGGCGGGGGGUGAUGCUGCCCGAUCCUUCCCCCCGACCCUCCUCGAAUGGACGGCCAGCCGGGACAGGGUCAAUAUGGCCCUGGACGUUUACUGCUUCAACGGAGAUCACUUCUCUUGCCCUGUCCACUCAUGGAUCACCGGAGAAGCCCUUGCCGAGAACGUCCUGAAAUACAGGGGACUCACGGAGGGAUGGAAAGGCUGGUCGGUGACCAUGAAGGAUGGCAACCAGUGGGCAGAAUUGGCUGGCCAUGACUAUGUCCUGGACCUGGUCUCUGACCUGGAGUUGAUCCGGGGCUUUCCAAAGCAGAAGUCCUACUUCAUGAUUGCCUCAGACGAUCUAGAGAAGAAUCCAGUUGGCAAAGCAACAUUCAGACAUGGUUUGGAUUCAAGCGAAGAAGUCCCCCCACCUCCGCUGAUAAAGGCCCCCACCAUUGCUCCGACCCUUCUUCUGGAUUCGGAGGGAUAUUGCAGCCAUGAUUCAGACACCAUCAGUGAACCCCGGAGCCAGAAGGGUUUGGAUCAUUACCUGGACAGCCUUUUCGACCCAGUCCUCUCCUACGGGAACGGCGAACUGGAGAGAUCGUCUGUAGUCUCCCAUCGAAUGAAAGGCGGUGGACAGAUCGGACAGGGCAACGGAGACCAGGGUGGUGGUGACGGUGAACCCCAUGGAGGACCCCAAACUUUGGGUGGGGAAGAGGCUGCUACACUGUUACUGAAGCAGGCUUACCGCAACCAGCAAGAGUCUGUUUUGGCUCGCCACAUGUCACAGCAGCUCAAUGCCCUCCACCAGAGGCAGCAGCACGCAGCAGUGACCCCGAUGGGGGGCAUGUCCUCCCCCCAAUCCUCCAGCCCAGGGUCACCCCGCCAUAGAAGCCCUCCCAGAGUGCUGUCCGGACAGCCCUUCCAGAAGGAAGCUGAGAAAAGAAUGGUUGAGAGAACGGUGACGUCUCCCAGCCUCAUGCAAGGCAGAACCAGCCCUCAGAGUCCUGAUCUUGCUUCCAGACUGCGGGCCGGAGAACUGGUCCGCCAUUCCAAGCUGAACUCGGAGCACAUCCCGGAGCCGACGCAGAACAUUCGCAACAUCAUCAAACAAUACCAGCAACCGAUGCGAGUCCCCGAACCCAUCAGGAAGGAAGGGGGCAAAGUCUUUGUGAAGAAGAUGGAUCCUCACGAAGAAGCGUUGAAGAUCUUGAAGGGGCAGAUGGCCGCCACGGAACCUCCUGCACGGCCCACACCGACCCUUUGGGAAACGGUUCCGAAGGAGGUGGUGGCCAUGGUGAAACCCGUGCCGAGUGCCAAGGCGGUGGUGCCCCCCGCCAUCCGCUCAUCUCCUCCUGCCAUCACCAGAUCUUUCCAAGCCGCCUCUCCAGACUGGUCAUUGAGCGGUCACUCGUUCCCAGCCUCGGCUUCGAGGGAAUUACCGACGGAAGACGACCAAAUCCAGACACGGCUCCACCGCCGGUGCAGCGAGGAAUUCUACGCCUAUCGCAACGUCUCUUGGAAAAUCUAUCUCAGGAAAGAGGUUUUUUAUCCCAAGGAGAACAUCAACAACCCUCUUCUGCUCGAUCUUCUUUUCCGGCAGAUCUUCAGUGACACCCAGUCCGAGGCCUGCCUGCGCAUCACCCAGGACGAGAGGAUCCGUAUGAAGACUCUCUUUGCGGAAAACAAGCUGGACUCCUUCAGUCCGGUGGCUGACGAAAGCGUCAAGAAGGAAAUCAUAAGCGUCGCCCGGGAUGUUUGGGAAGUCUACUUCUCCCGCCUUUUCCCAGCCACAGGCAGCGUGGGCACCGGCGUCCAGAUCCUGGCCGUCUCCGACACGGGGAUCAAACUCCUGCGUCUGGUCAAAGGGACCAACUUGCUUGGAGAACAACUCCGGGUCUUGCGGGGCUACAGCUACGGAGAAAUCCUCUUCGUCUCCAUCCCUUCCAAGAACAUGCUGGAGUUCAACCUCAGCCACGAAAAGCUCAUCCUCUUCUCCCCCAAAGCCUCCCAGGUCAAGACCUUGGUUGACUAUUUCAUCAUGGAGCUCAAGAAGGAUUCGCAGUACAUGGUUGCUAUCAAGAACCACAUCAGCGACGACAACAACCUCUUGCGCUUCCACAAAGGAGACAUCAUUUGCCUUCGGCCCAUGGAAGGCUUGGGGCCAGACCGCUACUUCGGCUGCGUGGUGAGGAAGAAAGUCCUGCUCCUGGAGGACGUCAAGAAGGGCACCUUGGACUUUGGAUGGAAGUUUGGUGCCAUCUAUGGAAAAUCUGGAUUUUUCCCUGCUGACUGUGUCCAGCCUGUGGCCGCUCCGGAUUUCACACAUCUUCCGACAGAGAAGAAGGAAGAACCCAGAGACAAGCAAAGCAAAGUGGCCGCCUCCGCUUCGGUGGCCGUGGCCGUGGCAUCGGCAGCCGUGGCACAGGAGCUUGACAAAAAAAUUGAGGUAUCUCCAUCCGGCAGUGAAUACGUAGAAAGUGGAGAAGAUGUUGGGGGUGCCAAGCCCAGUGCCCCACCCGGCGGCGGCCCCUUGACCAUGCUGGAGUUUGCCAAGAAGUAUUUCCGAGAAGGUCCCCGGGCAAAGAUGGACCCAGAGAAGCAGAAAUCCAAAAGGAGCGAGUCGAAAGCGUUGACGGAGUUGCUAAAAUUCACCAAGAACCCUAUCCAAGAAUCGCUCAUUGAAUUUACGGACAGCAGUCUGAACAAACUGGCUUCGGAAGCCUUCCAAGCCGUGAUGAAGUUCAUGGGAGACCUCCCGCUCAAAGGACAGACCGACUUGGAUGUGGUCUAUGCACUCUUGAAGCUCUGUGGAGACCACGAGGUCCUCAGGGAUGAAGUCUUUUGCCAGAUCAUCAAACAGAUUACGGACAACACCAGCUCCAAGGCGGAGAGUUGCCAGAAAGGCUGGCGGCUUCUCUACAUUCUCAGCGCCUACUACCGAUGCUCUGAGGUCCUCAAGCCUUACCUUCUAUGGUUCCUCCGGGAGGUCUACAAUGAUUCCGGCAUGCAUUUCCAAGGAAUUGCCAAAGCCUGCGAGCAAAAUCUGCAGAAAACUUUCCAGUUUGGCGGCCGGAGCGAAUUCCCCAGCAGCAUCGAGCUCAAAGCCGUGGUGGCCGGGCGCAGCUCCAAGCGACAGCUCUUCCUCUUGCCGGGAGGGAUCGAAAGGCACCUUAAAAUCAAAACUUGUUCGGUUGCCCAGGAUGUCAUAGAAGAGCUGUGCUCCGAAAUGGGUCUGUGCCGUCCCGAAGCCAUCGACGAGUACAUCAUUUUUGCCGUCACCAACCGAAAUCAGAACGUGCGUCCUUUGAACAAAAGGGAGUACAUCCUCGACGUGGUCAUGGAGGUGGACAAUAGUUCCAUGUUCUGGUACCGGCGCGUCAUCUGGGCCCAGCCCUUAAAAUUUGACAAUGAGCUCUACGUCACCAUGCAUUACAACCAGGUCCUGCCGGAUUAUCUCAAGGGUCUUUUCAACACCAUCCCACCGAGCGAGCAGCAGUUUCAGCAAGUCUCCCGACUGGCCGCCCUCCAACAUCGGGCCAAGGACCGCGUCUACUUGCCAACCCUACGGGAGGUCCAGGACUACAUCCCGCCCCAGUUCUUGCAUCUGCAGAAAGCUCAAGCUUGGCUUGAAAUGGUCACGCAACACAUCCAUCAAGCGCAGGCCCUGAGCAUGCACCAGGCUCGUGCACAGUUCCUAGGGCUCUUGAGCGCCUUCCCCAUGUUUGGUUCAUCCUUCUUCUACAUCCAGAGCUGCAGCAACAACACUAUCGUGUCCCCUUGUAUCCUGGCUGUUAACCAGAACGGGUUGAACUUCUUGGACAAGGAGACUCAUGAACCCAUUGUGACCUUCUCGUUGAAAGAGAUCCAGUCGACUCGCACCCAGCGCCCUUCAGCUGGCUCUAGCUAUCCAUAUGUCGAGAUCAUGUUGGGGGACUUGAUGUCCCAAAGGAUCACACAAUUGCAGCUGGAGCAGCUUAAUCUGCAGAUGGGUCUGGAGCUGUGCCGGGUAAUCGCCACACACAUGGAGAGCUUGCUGCACGCAAGGGAAAAGAGACUUACGCUCCCACCGAGCGAGAUUACGCUGCUGUGAUCAGAUCAUAAAUCAAUACAAAAGAAGAACUUUCUCAAUUUAAGACACAGUUUUUUGACUUCUCAGAAUACUUACCCCAAAUGGACCAGGCUGUAUUUUUCACCCGGACUAGUCUUUAAGAGAAGCUCCCUUUGGCCAGCAAGACCAACCUGAUUCCAGAUCCUCCAAACAAUGCAACAACUGUUAUUUUCGCCUCCAUCUGGAACCACGUCUCUCUUUUUCCUCCAACAGCUGGCACCCAGAUGUUUCUGGAAGCUUCCAAACAGAGCAUGACAAUGACUUCCACCGCCGUCCCUCAACUUUGGUUGUUUAUAUGCAUAAGUCAUUUGUAAAAUUAUUCACAAGCUUUUGUAACUCCUCAGGCUCUUUUGUAGCAUAUCCCGGUUUUCUUUUAUCGUUGUCAUUAUUAUUAUUAUUUUUAUAUAAAAAUGACAAAUCUUCAAAGCAACUGGCGAUUGUGCCAUUCGGGAGAGACCGAUAUAUAGUAAUAUAAUUUUUGUACUAGUUUUACACUCCAGAUAUGUUUUCCCGGAGUUUUGGGGGGAGGAUUUUUUUGUCCUAUGUAUAAUUAGAUGGAAAUUAAAAGUGUCUUUUUAUUGUCA